UGAGGAGACAAGCACCACUGCAGCAAGAGACAAACUUGGGAGACGCGAGGAGACGAACACCCCUACAGCAAGGAGCGGCAGCGAGAAAACACAGAGAAGCGGGCUGGUCAGAGAGGUGUCCAUCUCUCCACUCAGCCCCUGACCCACACACCACCCACGGCCUGCUGUGUGAGGCGGGCUAGUCAGGAGACGAGCAGCAGGAAGCAAGAAAGGCAGCGAGUUGGAGUUGAGUGAGAGAGGUGUCCAUCUCUCCUCAGCCCCCCCUCGAAAAACCACCCACGGCCUGCUGUGUGAGACGGACUACAGGAUGGGAACUUGUAUGGCGGGGUAACCUGCCCCUCGACUGCCCUGGGGGCCGAUAUACCACUGCCCCAAGCUGCUCCCUAUAUCAAGCGGCGCCCGCCUCUUCACACCACCCGAGCUGCUCCAUCUCCACAUCAAGCGGCGCCCGUCUGUCUUUCAGCAUUGAAGACAGACAGGAGACACGUUUCUUUCAACUAAGGAGACAGUUUAAAAAAAAAAAGCCCGCUACUUACUGCUCCUAAACAGAUGUCAAAGGAGUGUCCAAAAAGAGACGUCAAUCUCGGGAGGAGAAUUGUCCUGAUACCCUCACUUGAAAGAGUUCAUCUAUCAUACAGGUCGAGCCCUGUAUGAUAGUUCAACUGUUCGCCCCAUCUUUUCACUGGUGUUGCAGGUAUGAAGAAACCAAGACAGACAUGUGUCAUCCUGCUUUGGCUGCUGGGCUUUUGCCACCCGACCCAAGGCGGCGUCAUUCGUGGCAAGAACACUGAAGGCGAAGGCUGCAUUGUAUAUGAAAACCAUGACCUAAGAGCGCCUUACAGCGGCACCGUCUUGACUUACAUUACACCUGAGCAAUCACUGAACCUCUUGGUGACCUUCAAGGACCAUAACAUGGAUGAGCGAAGAGAUGUGAUGGUGUUCUCCAACGGUGCAGCCAAUCAUAUAAAGGUACGGGAAGGACACAAGCACUCAUCAGUGAAUCAUACAUUUUCCACGAAGAUGCCUGAGGGCUGGGUCACUCUUAGACUCACUGCUUCAGAAAAAUGCGUCUCUUUGUUUUGGGUGGACGGACAAGAAGAAAAAUCUCUCGUCAGCCUGCCCGUGGACUCUGCCCCUGAAAAGCUCCUUCUCAAUGGACAUUUCUCUACCUGCUCGGGAGAUUCCCCGGAAUGGCAGGUGAACGAGAAUGAAGAAGUAACCGUAAUGUUGGAUUGCCAGAGCCCCGAGCAGGAGCUGGAGAUGACGGGGGACAGCAGCACCGAAGCCUUCUUGAAGUUUUCCGAGCGCCAUGUCGACGUGCCCGCCAACACCACACUCGGGAUAAAAACUUUACGAAGAGACUCAGAGUCGACUGUCGAUGUGUUUUUCAAGGGGAGUGCAAAGGACAGCCACGUCACGGAGCAACUUCCGAGUUCAUGGCCAGCGGUGGUCAUCGGUGGCCGCCGCGGCAGCACCCAUCUCCGUCUGAAGCGGUUCGUCUCAUCUCCAUCGUUACCAUCACCGUCACCAACAACCUCGAUAUAUUUUGUCUCCACAAUCGUACUGGCAGCUUUACUCGGGGUUGCCACUAUUGUAAUCCUUACUGCUGUGGGCAUCUACGUAACUCGUGAGAUGAAAAAGAGAAGAGAGAAACCAGACGAAGGGGAUGAUGCGGACGAGAUGUCAGCCAGGAGUGAAGCCACGGUUCUGCGCAGGGACGUGGAGUCGGGUGUGAAAAUUCCUUCUCCUACUCUAGAGAGGAAAUUGCUAGGCUCCUCCUCCGCCCCCAAAAUCAAACGUAGCCACACCACACCGCACAAAGUCACACCGCACCACAUGAACAUCUGAGGCGGUUAGUAAUAGAGUGUCGUAAGCGCCACCCGGGCCUAUUUUUAGUCUGUAUGUCACUGUGUAGCCCCAUCAUUGUUUUAUGUAGGGCGAUGCUCGGGAAGUCAAUAUGCAGCUCACAAUAUGGUCAGAAAUUACCAUGUGUGGGAGGGUAUGUUAAUAGCUGGGCACGAUAACAGAAAACUGGAGAUACAAAUAUAGAAGUUUUGCAGUGACGUCUCUGAAUUCUUUCUUUACAGGAAAGUUUCCGCUAUCAGUGAAAUCCGAUAGUCGCUGUUUUACCUCUGCAUAUAUUUUAAAUAAUUCAACAAAAGAUACCUCCUAUAUCUUAUUAUAAAAUCGUAUUUAGCACCGCACCGCGAAGUCGAAGGCCUUCUUGUACGUUGUAAUCAACGAAUGGUAAUCAAAAUGGUUUCUGAACUCAUUUGAUUUCUCUCUUCCAGGUAAGACUAUUGUUUCAGCAUAUUCUACAAGUUGGCGUCCUCUUUGGUUUCUGCAGCUAUUCCAAUAUUUGUUACUAUUGUUGUGUUCCAGCAAUACACGAGGAUAUCCACUGGAGAUAGAUGUAACAGUUUCGUAUAUCUUUCGUUAUGAGGGAUAAUACAAAAUGGGUGAGAAUCGGGGAUGCAGGACGUGACGUCAUGGGGGUGGAGUCCGUUCCAAAUGUAGGUCCGUGAGCACACAUCUCCCGGAACACUGGCAUGGUGGAAGCGCACGGAGAAGGAAGCAGCUCAACAACUAACCCCGAGUCCCGUGCGUGCGGCUGAGGACCAGUGACCGUCAACAGGAUGAGGCUGUCUGCUCGGUGCCUGAUUAGUGCGGCGGUGUUGGCGACGCUCUUUCUUUCCCUCACAGUGUCCAUCACUUCAGGUAACAUAAUUAUACCAGGACUAAAUGAGACCAAAUGUAUCCCUACAUGCAGCGUAUCUUAACCAAUUAGACAUCUAUAACAGGAUCACUGACUACGCAUCUGAUGUUCCCUUUCAUCCAGUUUCCUUAUCCUUACCUACACACCAUCACCACGAGCAUUAUCCAGAAAAAAUAUACCGAUCCUUUCACUUCAUGUUUUUGGCUACGUACUACCUGGCAACAUCACGUCAGCUUGUGAAAGUGAACGAGUAUUUGAGACUUCAGUGAUUUCGUACAAGAGCCUCGGAAGGGACGAGGCAUGGAAACAAUCUGGACAAGCGAAAGAAAAUAAAGUGGAAAGGGAGAUACGAAGUCAUUGCAAGCAACAAGUGAGGGCACAAGACUUACUGUCUUUUUAUUCUUGCGUAGAGACGUUUUUUUAUAUUUUUUAUAGCAGCUGAUAAAACAGAGUUGCCGGAAUAAGUGUUCAAAGAGCGGUAGUGUGUGACCUAGUAACGCAUUUAUGGUGCCACAGGAACGGAGAUGAAAAACAUUAUAUAUUAUUUUGGAACCUUAUGCUGUUUCCAUUGGCGCCUAAGUUUGUAAUAUGAACCUAUAAUUACUCAUUAUUAUUCUUGUCACAUACGGUUUUAUUUCUGCUUUUUUCACAAUGAAAAUGUAACACAACGUGAAAAUAUAGCUAAGAAGGUCAGAUGAAUAUUAUUCAAUUUGUUUUAAAAAUGAUAUAUACUUUUAUAGAUUAUUACACUUUACAUGGAACAUUUUACAAAACAAAUUAUAGUGUUCAUUACGUAUGAUUCUAUAUAUUUUCUCAUAAUCACAGUCUACGUGGCGAGACAUUUAUAAUGGUUACAGAUGUGUGCACUAUAUACUGGUUAGUUCGUCCUUCUGCUCCAGACGUUAGUUAACUUAAAAGGCUGAUAAAGAAUUUUUUUUUGUGAGUCCAUUUCCUUACCGCAAAAAAAAAAAAAAAAAAAAUAGAAAUAUCAAUAAUUAUUUUAGAAAUCAAAUAUUUCAUUAAUAAUUUAUUUGCUCUUUGUCCAACAGUCAUGUUAGUGACAACCUCGUUAUAGUACGACUGAGCAUCCACGUCUCCUUUUUUUUCUGAGUGCAUAAGAAGUCGCUUUACAUGUGAACAUACUCCAGCAAGCAUCCAUUUCAAUACCUUCCAGAUGAGCCAGUAGUCAACUGACAAUAACUGUUUUGAUGAUUAAAAUGUGAACACAGUACUAAGAAUUAUUGUUAAUUACUUUAAAAUAACUUUUAGAUUACUUUAGAAUUAUUUUAUAAAUAAAAUAUGAAAAAAAUACAAUAAGAGGUAACAAAAACCGUCGCAAGUACCUGAUUUACAGGUAAAAAAAAAAAAAAUACUUCAGUGUAGCCUGCUCCCAUAUAUUAAUAUUAAUAUCUACCCAGCCAGCAAAUGCUGCCAAGAAAGUACUUGGUGGUAACCUUUUACUUAAGUUGUAAUAAAAUUAUGUAAAAUAAUAAUGCUAUGUAGGAAAAAGCAAGAAGAUCUACUUCCACUAUGUGGCGCCCUGGCCAAGACUCAUUAAAAUCUUCAGUUAUCAUUAUAAUCCACUGCAAGAAUAAAACCUUUUCCAAUGUC